GCGAAGCUGAUCCAUUCAAAGUGUUCAACUUGAACAAAGUAAUCGGAGAUUUGUCUCGCGUCAGGCGCAAAAUAACUACUAGGGAACAGGCACUCAAACUCCGCGGUAGCGGCGCUAAGACCGCAGACAAGAUUAUGGAGAUAAUCGAGACUGGUCAGCUGCAACGUAUCCAAGCAGAAGACACAGAAGAAUAUCGGGUCUGCAGGCUCUUUGCUGGGAUCUAUGAUGUGGGCCGGAAGAGGGCGCAUGAGUGGUGGCGCAUGGGCCUCAGGACGCUAGAGGAUGUCGAGAAGCGCAAGGAUGAAAUCAAACUGACACGGAAUCAGGCCAUCGGACUCAAGUACUACGAUGACCUGCAGGAGCGCAUACCACGUGCCGAAGCAAGUGUCAUCUUUGACAAGAUCAAGGAACUCGCAAUGACCAUUGACGGCAAUAUUACACUUUACAUAAUGGGAAGCUAUCGAAGGGGAGCAGAGACUGUGGGCGAUAUCGAUAUACUCUUGACAAGGGAUCCCUCGGAUGGAAGGACCCAUUCCGGAAUGUUGAAUAAGCUCAUCCGCUUGCUGCAUGAGAAAGGCCUCUUGACGAAUGAUCUUGCCGUGCCUGCUGACACCCACUCUCUGGAGCAAAAAUACAUGGGCAUCGGUCGGCUUCCCCCAGAUGGUAAGAUGCGUCGAAUUGAUGUUUUAGCAAUACCCUGGGACCAAAAGGGUGCUGCUCUCAUUUACUUCACAGGUGAUGACCUGUUCAAUCGCUCUAUCCGACUCCUUGCGCACAAAAAGGGCUACUCACUCAACCAGCGCGGUCUGUACGGCGGUAUCAUCCGGGACAACAAAAGAAGAAAAAUGACUGAGGGGGUGAUUAUCGCGAGCAAGACAGAGAAGGAGAUCUUCGAUAUUCUUGGCGUGCCUUGGCGUGAGCCAGAGGAGCGUCGGAGAUUGUGACCAUAUUCCAGAGAGUUGCCAGCAAGCGUGAUCCAGAUCACCUUGUGUGCCUUCCGACAUGAUCCGCCUAUAGUGCGAGGUUAUUAAAUCAGGAAGGUAUUUUCCAUUUGGACCGCUCAUCCACACGAUCCAUCGUGCGCUAGCUGCAAGGUUUCGCCACGUCUUCUCUGGAGGUUCGGCUGGAAUAGGACAGAGAAUUGUAUUGCGGGUGUCCGACGAAGCACUCGGAAAAUUGGAUGCAAUGUUGGAUGGAGUGCGCGAGCAGAAAAUAGAUCGUGUCGGAAUGCUGCCGUGCUUCUCUCGCUUCUCUCGCCUCUCUUUGGACGGCGAGGCAGUGGGCGCUUCUUCUCCACGAGCCAACUGAUUACCCCGCAUGAUCGUACCUCACACGGGAGCGAUGUUGUCAAAGAUCCCUCUCUUUCGAUAGUAUUGCCGCGAUCAAGC